GUUAGCGCCCAAAGAUUUUAUGGAUUAGUUAGAUAAUUGUCACGAGAUAUCUUCUAAGUGCAUACCUACAUGUGUACCUACAUAUAUACCAAUGAGAUUCAAACAUGCAAAUGUUGAAGACAGUCAAACCUUGGGAACUAUAAAAUCAUUGAAUCUUUUUCAAAAAAGGUCAUUGGUCAUACAAAGCCCAAAGAGUUUAGAGGGUACGUUAAUAAUACUCUUAGAAUUAAGAUAAAUUCUAAAUUCUAAAUCCUAAUAACUCUAACAUAAGGCUUGAAAUGUUUUGAGUUGGCAUACGGAUACAUAUUAUCGUCAUCUCACGUAUAAGUCGUUUUUUUUUGAGAAUCCUCAUGACAUGGAAACCGACGUGAUACUUUAAAUAAAAAUAAAAUAAAAAUAGAAUGGCUUUUCCAGACAAGCCAAUCGCCCAUCUCCUAGGCUCUAACGGCCCCGUCCACGCACUCGCCUACUCGGCCUCACCAGGGACCUACAUCCUCGCCGGGUCCGCCGACCGUUCCAUCCGGCUGUACAACCCGCAGCCCAGCACCCCCAUCCACCCCUCAUCAUCCCACCUGUCCAAGAAGCCCCCCACCACCACCAGCACCACCAUCCCCCAACCCCUCCCCGAAGGCCGCCUAAUCCAGACCUACUCAGCACACGGGUACGAGGUCCUCUCGCUCAGCGUCUCCUCCUCGAACGCGCGGUUCGCCUCCUCGGGCGGCGACCGCUCCGUCUUCCUGUGGGACGUCGCGUCGGCGCAGACGCUGCGGCGGUUCGGCGGGACCGCCCAGGGGCACACGGCGCGGAUCAACUGCGUCGCGUUCGGCGGCGACAGCGACAACAGCAACAACAACGAGGACAACCUACUAAUCAGCGGCAGCCUAGACGCGAGCGUGCGUGUCUGGGACGCGCGGAGCCAGGCGCCGAAGCCCGUGCAGGUGCUGUGUGAGGCGCGGGACGCGGUGACGGCGGUGGUUGUGCGGGGCGCCGAGAUCGUGGCCGCGAGCGUGGAUGGGCGCGUGCGCGCCUACGAUGUGAGGAUGGGGCGGUGCGUGACGGAUGUUAUUGGCCCGAGCGUGACGAGCCUGUGCAUGACGCGCGAUGGCAAGGCUCUGCUGGUUGGGGGGUUGGACAGUAAAUUGCGGCUGAUGGAUCGCGAGAGCGGGGGGUGUCUGAAGACGUACUCGGAUCCGGGGUGGCGGAACGAGGACCUGCGCGUGCAGAGUAUCUUAGGAGGGAAGGAGCAGUACGUGCUUGUGGGCGACGAGAUGACGGGUGCGCCGCCGGGCCGAAACGGGGAGGGGAGGAUAUGGGCUUUCGAUGUGCUUACUGGGGAGGUGAAGGCGAAGGUGGCGGUCCCUUGGGGACCUGCCGGCCACGAGCCGAAGAAGUUCGUGGGAAAGGAUGGCAAGCCGAAGGAACGCAGUAAUGUCCUCAGCUGCUUUGCGUGGAGAGACAAUGGAUUUGGGGACCAAUAUUGCGUCAGUGGCACGUCCGGGAUUGUAACCGUUUUUGGAUACCAUUAGAACAGCAUCUAUUGUAUGUACGAGGCCCCCCAAACUUAAUACUUGCCAUAAAAGGGGUCAUAUUAAGAUCACGAAACAAACACACGGCGACAACUGGUCGUAGGA